AUGGUUGAAACCAGACGCAGUUCUUCUUCUUCCAAACGUUCUCUUUCUUCUCCUUCCUCUUCUUCUCCUCCUUCAAACACCAAACGAUCCAAGGUCUCUGAGGAUGUUCCAUCUACCGUCAAUCCCUCACCAGUGGUCAACGAAUCUGGUGAACAGAAGAUACGGUUAUCUGAUCUGCAAGAAACGGCGUCGUUGAAGGAUGUUGAUGGGGAGACUGAGAAUCACAAGUCUACUUCUGUUUUGGUGUCUUCUCCUCAGUGUCUAGAAUCAGGUGGGAUUACCUUGAAAUCCAAGGUGUUGCCGCCGUUAGCUCGGUCGAAGAAAAGUUGCUUAAAAUCGAGUCCUAAGGCUGCUUGGGGGAGGCUCAUUUCUCAAUCUUCUGAGAAUCCUCACUUGCCCAUGUGCGAACCUGUCUACACUGUUGGUCAAUGUCGUCAAUGUAAUUUAUGGCUUAAAGAUCCCAAUGUUAGUAGUGUUUUGUGCAAAUUGAGCCAUAUAGAGCAUGGAGGUUCGUCUGUGGCAUUGCUGGAAGUCAUAGGGAGUAAAGGUGAAGUGAAAGUUAAUGGGAAGAUAUAUGGGAAGAAAUGCCGUCUUAUUUUGAGUGGAGGUGAUGAAGUUAUCUUUGGCUUUUCCGGCAAACAGGCUUAUAUAUUUCAGCAGCUCCUUAAUAGUAUCUCUACUGCCAAUAUGCCUUCUCCUGUGAGCAUUUUGGAAGCUCAGGGUGCUCCAAUAAUUAGAACGCAAAUUGAAGCUAGACCUGGAGACCUGUCGGCUGUUGCUGGGGCUUCAAUAUUGGCCUCUUUUUCUAAUUUUAAUGAAGAUUUAUCUCUCAUUUCACCCCCUGCCAACACCUGCAACAACACGCAGCAGAAGACUGAUGCUUCAUCACUACCUGCUGGCAACGGGGAUGAUAAGGCAAAUGUGGAUGUGAAGCACAACACCGUUAAUAACGAACCGGAUGGAGUUUUUUAUGCUGAGGAAACUGGUUGUCCAUCCUCAACCACCGUUAAUGAAGAUCCUAAGGUUGAUGCUGUAGAAGUCAAUGUCAGUGUCGAUGCAGAUGUUGGGAAGAUGACUGCUGCUUCCAGCGAAUUGAGACCAUUAUUCUGUUCUGAUUUAGAUUUAAGUGGCAAGAUUACUAAGAUAUUGGAAAAAAAUAAAGAAUUGAAGGAAUGCCUCAGAAGUGUUGACACCAGAAAUAUAUUGGCAUCACCCAAGCAACAAGCUCUUAAAGAUAGUUUACAGAUGAGAAUUCUCAAUGCUGAGAAUAUCGAAGUUUCAUUUGAAAGUUUCCCAUAUUAUCUUAGUGACACAACAAAGAAUGUUUUGAUUGCUUCUGCGUACAUUCAUUUGAAGUGCAAUGACUCUGGAAAAUAUGUUUCUGACCUUCCAUCGUUGUCCCCACGGAUAUUGUUAUCUGGUCCUACAGGCUCAGAAAUAUAUCAGGAGAAUCUGUCCAAGGCACUUGCAAAGCAUUUUGAUGCGUGGCUACUAAUCGUGGACUCUCUUUCACCUCCUGGUCGGGCACCAUUGAAGGAAGUUGAAGCUACUAAAGAAAGUUCGAGGCCUGAAAGACCUGUGUUUAUUAAGAGAAGUAGUACUCAGGCUGCUACCGUACAACAUAAGAAACCGGCUUCUUGUGCUGAUGCCCAAAUUAUAGGUGGAUCUGCAGUAAGUUCACAGUUUAUACUGAAGCAAGAAGUUUCUACGGCAUCGUCGAAAGGCAGCACUCUUAAAGCAGGUGAUCGGGUAAAGUUUGUUGGUGACUUCCCAUCUACUGUCUCACCACCACAAGUUUUUCCAGCAAGGGGACCAAGUUACGGCUGCAAGGGCAGAGUUCUCAUUGCUUUUGAAAACAACCGGUCUUCAAAAGUUGGGGUUAGAUUUGAGAAAUCAAUUCCAGAUGGAAAUGAUCUUGGAGGCCUCUGUGAAAAUGAUCAUGGCUUCUUUUGUUCUGCCAAUCAUUUAGUACUGGUAGAUGGUUGUGGAGGGGAUGACUCUAGCAAAGUUGCUAUUAAUGAAAUCUUUGAGAUUGCCUCUAAUCUGAGUAAAAGUGGACCGUUGGUGUUGUUGAUUAAAGAUAUCGAGAAGGGUGUGUCUGGGAAUUCAGAAGUUUUGAAAAGUAAAUUCGGAAGCUUGCCACAUAAUGUUGUAGUUAUUGGUUCACAUAUCCAACCGGACAAUCGUAAGGAGAAGACACAACCUGGCAGCCUUCUAUUUACAAAAUUUGGAGGCAAUCAGACAGCACUACUUGAUCUUGCUUUUCCGGAUAACUUUACUAGACUGCAUGAUAGGAGCAAAGAAACCCCCAAAGUCAUGAAGCAACUCAAUAGGCUUUUCCCAAACAAGGUUACAAUACAGCUGCCUCAGGAUGAGAUUUUACUUUCUGAUUGGAAGCAGCAGCUAGACCGUGACAUAGAAACUCUGAAAGCUCAGUCCAACGUUGCCAGCAUUCGCCUAGUCCUCAACAAGUUUGGACUGGAUUGCUCUGACCUUGAGACUCUUUGCAUCAAAGAUCAAACUCUAACAACUGAAAACGUGGAGAAGAUCAUUGGUUGGGCUAUAAGUUAUCAUUAUAUGCAUUCAUCUGAAGUUUCUACCAAAGAAUCAAAGCCUGUAAUAUCUGCAGAGAGCGUUUGGUAUGGGUUUAACAUUCUACAGGGCAUUCAAAAUGAGAACAAGAGCACAAAAACAUCACUCAAGGACGUAGUUACUGAGAAUGAAUUUGAGAAAAAACUGCUUGGUGAUGUUAUUCCACCAACUGAUAUUGGGGUCUCAUUUGAUGAUAUUGGAGCCUUAGAAAAUGUAAAGGACACCUUAAAGGAAUUGGUUAUGCUACCUCUUCAAAGGCCUGAGUUAUUUUGCAAAGGACAACUAACUAAGCCUUGCAAGGGAAUCUUACUUUUUGGCCCUCCUGGCACUGGAAAAACAAUGCUUGCAAAGGCUGUGGCAACUGAAGCUGGAGCAAAUUUUAUUAACAUUUCCAUGUCUAGCAUUACUUCAAAGUGGUUUGGUGAAGGAGAAAAAUAUGUCAAAGCAGUCUUUUCCUUGGCGAGCAAAAUUGCUCCAAGCGUUAUUUUUGUUGAUGAGGUUGAUAGUAUGUUAGGGAGACGUGAAAAUCCUGGUGAGCACGAGGCUAUGCGUAAAAUGAAGAAUGAGUUUAUGGUAAAUUGGGAUGGUCUGCGUACAAAAGAUAGAGAGCGUGUACUUGUUCUUGCUGCCACAAACAGGCCUUUUGAUCUUGAUGAGGCUGUUAUUAGGAGGCUUCCGCGAAGAUUGAUGGUUAAUUUGCCUGAUGCAACAAACAGAGCGAAAAUUAUGAGAGUCAUUUUAGCAAAAGAAGAUUUGGCGCCUGAUGUUGAUUUAGAAGCAUUAGCAAAUAUGACAGAAGGAUACUCCGGAAGUGACCUAAAGAAUCUUUGUGUCACAGCAGCGCACUGUCCGAUAAGGGAGAUCUUGGAGAAGGAAAAGAAGGAUAGAAGCUUUGCAUUGGCUGAGAACAAACCUUUACCCGGUCUGUGUAGCAGUGCUGACAUUCGUCCCUUAAAGAUGGAAGAUUUUAAAUAUGCACACGAGCAGGUGUGUGCAAGCGUGUCAUCGGAUUCGUCAAAUAUGAACGAACUACUCCAAUGGAAUGACCUCUAUGGAGAAGGUGGAUCAAGGAAAAAGACAUCGUUGAGUUAUUUCAUGUAA